GGGACUUUGCUUCUUUUUCCGGGCUCGGCAGGGCAACCAGUCUGGACCCCGGCUCGCUGACCCUCAGGGCUACCGAUUUGCUGGGUCGCUUGGAGAGCCGCCUUCCCCCUCCUGGAACGGACCAGGGGCCAGCCUUGGUCCACCGCGCGCGUGGCGGCUCCGCCGCGUCCCCAGCCGCCGCCCGGGCUGCCACCCGCCGGGUCCUGAGAGCUAGCUAGCGAGCAGGGGCCGGCGCUGCGCUCGCCCAGGGCGCGCCCUCCAGGAUGCUGAUCCGCCCGGUUCGCUGAAAACGAGCGCCCCUUCUCCGUCCGAAGACGGGCGCCGGGCGCCGGGUGCUCCUCCACCUCGCCCAAGGCUUUCAGGCACCGGAGGCUCCCCCACUCCCGCUACUGCCUUCUCUCUCUCUCUCUCUCUCUCUCUCUCUCUCUCUCUCUCUCUCUCUCUCUCUCUCAUUUCUUUCUCUCCCUCUCUCGCUCUCUCCGGGCCUUCCUCACGGUCCGUGCGAACAAGCAGUGGCGAGCGGUCUCGGACGCAGCAUGCAGGCGCGCUACUCCGUGUCCGACCCCAAUGCCCUGGGAGUGGUGCCCUACUUGAGCGAGCAGAAUUACUACCGGGCGGCAGGCAGCUACGGCGGCAUGGCCAGCCCUAUGGGUGUCUACUCGGGCCACCCGGAGCAGUACGGCGCGGGCAUGGGCCGCUCCUAUGCGCCUUACCACCACCACCAGCCUGCGGCGCCCAAAGACCUGGUAAAGCCUCCGUACAGCUACAUAGCGCUCAUAACCAUGGCAAUCCAGAACGCGCCCGAAAAGAAGAUCACCCUGAACGGCAUUUACCAGUUCAUCAUGGACCGCUUCCCCUUCUACAGGGAGAACAAGCAGGGCUGGCAAAACAGCAUCCGCCACAACCUCUCGCUCAACGAGUGCUUCGUCAAGGUGCCCCGCGACGACAAGAAACCUGGCAAGGGUAGCUACUGGACCCUGGACCCAGACUCCUACAACAUGUUCGAGAACGGCAGCUUCCUGCGGCGCCGGCGGCGCUUCAAGAAGAAGGACGUGCCCAAGGAGAAGGAGGAGCGGGCCCACCUCAAGGAGCCGCCCCCGGCAACGUCCAAGGGCGCCCCGUCUGGGCCCCCCCUAGCGGACGCCCCCAAGGAGGCCGAGAAGAAGGUGGUGAUCAAGAGUGAGGCGGCGUCGCCCGCCCUGCCGGUCAUCACCAAGGUGGAGACGCUGAGCCCCGAGAGCGCGCUGCAGGGCAGCCCGCGGAGCGCGGCCUCCACGCCUGCCGGCUCCCCCGACGGCUCGCUGCCGGAACACCACGCAGGCGCGCCCAACGGGCUGCCGGGCUUCAGCGUGGAGAAUAUCAUGACGCUGCGAACGUCGCCGCCGGGCGGCGAGCUGAGCCCGGCUGCUGGGCGUGCGGGCCUGGUGGUGCCGCCGCUGGCGCUGCCCUACGCCGCCGCGCCGCCCGCUGCCUACGGUCAGCCGUGCGCUCAGGGCCUGGAGGCCGGGGCGGCCGGGGGCUACCAAUGCAGCAUGCGCGCGAUGAGCCUGUACACCGGCGCCGAGCGGCCGGCGCACAUGUGCGUCCCGCCGGCGCUGGACGAGGCCCUCUCGGACCACCAGAGCGGCCCCACGUCGCCCCUGAGCGCCCUCAACCUCGCCGCGGGCCAAGAAGGCGCGCUCGCCGCCGCCGGACACCACCACCAACAUCACGGCCACCACCACCCACAGGCGCCGCCACCUCCGCCGGCUCCCCAGCCCCAGUCGGCCCCGCAGCCCGGGGCCGCCGCGGCCCAGGCGGCCUCCUGGUAUCUUAACCACAGCGGGGACCUGAACCACCUCCCCGGUCACACGUUUGCGGCCCAGCAGCAGACUUUUCCCAACGUCCGGGAGAUGUUCAACUCCCACCGCCUGGGGAUUGAGAACUCGACCCUUGGGGAACCCCAGGUGAGCGGCAACGCAAGCUGUCAGCUGCCCUACAGAUCCACGCCGUCCCUGUACCGCCAUGCCGCCCCCUAUUCCUAUGACUGCACGAAAUACUGACCGGCUCUCAGCGCUCUGGCUUCGUCUCCCAGACGCGACCCUCUCGGACAGUUCAGGUUUGCAGAGACGCAAAGAAGAACCGAAACGCGUCCACCCGCUUUUUCUCAGACCCAGGAGCAGAGCGCGCGCGCGCCAGCUUCAGCCCUCUGGGAAGCUGCAGGUAACUUUAAUUUGCCGCCCCGUUUCUGAGAUUCUCAAGGGGCUUCCCCGUGAAGGGACGCAGCCCAACGAAAUGAAUAUUCAUUUUUAAGCCCCCUUCCCCUAUCAGGAUGGCUGUGCUCUCUGCUACACUCGGGGUUUCCAAAAUUAAGUUAUGGACCAAAUAUCAGAGCGACCCAGCAAUGACUCUCUGUAGAGACCUCCACAAGUUUGUGGGGAUCUCUAUAGACCUCGUACGUGCUGUGUGUGACUUUAAAUCUCUCUAACCGUGCUGUACAAACGUGUGGAUUUGUAAUCAGGCUAUUUUGUUGUUGUUGUUCAGAGCCAUUAAUAUAAUAUUUAAAGUUGAGUUCACUGGAUAGUUUUCAUCUUGCCCAACCAUUUCUGUCAAAUUGAAAAUUCAGAAAACCUAUGUGGGGUUUUCCUCCUGUACAAUUAUGAGGUAUAAUUCUUUCCCCAGUUGUAGGUCUUUUACAAAGCAAGAAAAUAAUUUAUUUUUUGUUGUUGUUGGCUGACAAAGAAGUCAAGUAUCUGAUACUUUUUACUUACAAAAGUGUGAUGGUUUUGUAUAGUAGAUUUCUCCCUGAGCAUUCCUAAAAGAAAAAAAAAAACUUCAGAAAUUUUAACUUCACCUGUGUUUGUCUUAUGUGGCCUUAAUUGUUGUACUUACCUUAAAAUAAACCCAUGUUGUUUUUCUGCCCAAAAAACA